CGCACGCGACGCUUCCAGUCCUCCUUUGCUUGUCGCUCGCCGAGUUCCCUUUCUCACUCAACUCCUUCCAAUUCGUCCCUCCCAGCAAUCGUCAUAACGUGAGCGACAACGUCGUCGACCGCAGCAAAUCCCGCUCAGGCUCAGGCACAGGCUGGACAAGAGGAAGCCGGCUGGUUUGAUCGCUUGGGACGCUUCUUUGGAUUGACCGACGCACCGCCGCCGCCGUCGUCGUCCUCCUCUGCCUCUGCUGACACUACGCCUGCUAGUAGUAGUGCGCCUGGUGCGACUGGUGCAGCUUUGGGCGCAGGGCAAGCUACUCGUGGAAGCCCACUGACGUCAUCAUCGAGCAGCAACUCGCUUCAUUCACGCCCUGCCGCAGCCGGAGCAAGCGCGUCCUUCUCCUCCUCAUUUUUGUCGUCGUCGUCGUCGUCACAGCAGGGAACCGCCGGCAUGGCUAGCUCGUCGGCGCCGCAGCAGCGCAGCCGCCCUCCGCAGGCCCAGUCUGGCCAGUCGCUCGUCCGGCUCAACUACUUCCACAAGCAGUCCUUCGACUCCAUCGCCCGCGCACUGGCUCUGGACGAGGCGGGAAACCGCCACCAUGCUCUGGAAGUGUACCAGCGCGGACUAAAUGAGCUGCAGAGCGGGCUGAGCAUCCGCUUUGACCCGACCUCCGCCGCAGACUGCUCGGAAGCAGAGCGCGCUGAAGGGCAGCAUCUUCAGCAGAGCAUGGAGAAGACACGAGUUCAGGUGCAAGAGCGGGUUCGCGACUUGAGAGCAGACCAGGCCAGCGGGGUUCCCGCCCAAAAGACUGCCUCGUCGCAACCACCAGCUCGUCAGACUACGCCUGCACCUCGAGCUGCCACUUUACCUCGGCAAGCUACGAAACCUCCGGCAGCCACCUCUGCUGCCCCCAAGGCCGCUCCUGCCGUUGCCGCUGCUGCGGCUGCGCCAGCCGUCAACAAAAACCUGGUGAACAUCGAUCCCAAGAUGGCCGACCACAUUCUGAAUGAAAUUGUGGACAACGGCCCGCCAAUCACGUUUGACGAUGUUGUCGGCCUCGACACGGCCAAGCGUCUCCUGAACGAGCUCGUGAUUCUCCCAUCGCUCCGACCCGACGUGUUUCAAGGGUUGCUGGCUCCUUCCCGUGGUCUGCUGCUGUUUGGUCCUCCCGGAAACGGAAAAACAAUGCUUGCCAAGGCAGUCGCCCAUGAAGCCAAGGCCAAGUUUUUCAACAUUACUGCGUCCAGCCUGUCUUCCAAAUAUGUUGGUGACAGCGAGAAGAUGGUCCGAGCACUAUUCGCCAUGGCGCGCGAACUGCAGCCGAGUGUAAUAUUCAUCGACGAAAUCGACUCCAUCCUGGCGGAACGCGGCGGCGGCAACGAGCACGAGGCGAGCCGGCGACUAAAGAACGAGUUUCUCAUCUGCUUUGACGGUGUCGGGACACAACCAGACGAGCGAGUAUUGGUCAUGGGCGCCACCAAUCGCCCGCAGGACCUGGACGAAGCUGCGCGUCGACGGAUGCCGAAGCGCGUCUACAUCCCGCUGCCUGACCAGCGCACACGCGUCGCCAUGGUGCAAAGCUUGCUCAAAAAGGGUCGGCAUGCGCUCUCCGACCGCGACAUUGACCAGCUUGCCAAGCACCUGGAGGGUUACAGCGGCAGCGACAUGACCGCGCUCGCCAAAGAUGCCGCUCUUGGGCCGAUUCGCGAGCUUGGCAAUCGAGUGUUGACUGUUAGUCCUGAAAACAUUCGCCCUUUGAAACUUGGCGAUUUCCAGGCCGCCAUGAAAAACGUGCGUCCCAGUGUGUCGGGGGAAAGUCUCCGGUCGUUCGAAAAUUGGAAUCUGCAAUACGGUGCGCUUCCAUCUUAGAUAGUAUGUGACUUUUGUUUUUGGACUUUUGAAGUGUGUCAAGCAUCAAUUGUAUGUAAUAAUGAAUGUGCAUGGUCCUUCAACCAGACGGAA